UGGGUCUGAGACAGACCUGUCCUGUAACCAGCUACCGAGCCACUCUCCUCGCCAGUACUUCUUCGCCCUGCUGCUGAAGAGGCGGAUGUCUCCACCCCGUUCCGCUGACCCGCCCCUCUGUUAGCUCUUCCUCACUGUACAGUGGGGCUGAGCCCACAGCAUUCUGACUACUUCGCUUGUGAGGGAACACCAAAGGACAGGGUCAGGUAGAGGACACGUGAUUUCAGUGGGCUUGACACUGCUCCCGGGCCAUGCCAACUAACGGUUGUUGAGUAACCACCGACCGUGGCUGUAGGAUGUCAGAGGUGACCUGGGAAGAGGAAGACGACCGACCCAACCAAUCGAUGACGGCAGCAGGGUUGUCGGUGGAGACACGACCGCUGGAUGACACCGGGAGCACUGGCCUCUCUGCUGCGACUAGUGCUGCCCUCGACCCCUUCAUCUGCUGCCACGUCUGCUCGCUCCUGAAACAUUGCCUCCUCUGCCACUCCUCUGCGUGUUGUCUGACA